AUGGCCACCGAGACAGCUCCCCCGCCACGGGAGCGCAAACCGUCAGUGGGAGCGCCCAUUUCCAGCUUCACAGGUCCUGUCGGCCCUGGCUUCUCUCGGCCAAAGCAUAAAAGAACUGCUACGGGUUUUGGCGCCAGCGACAUCAAAGCGGUCGAGUCGAGCAUUCCUGAGCACAUGCGAGAGGCCUGGAGGAAAUUUUCUCCCAAAGGCUUCACCUCCAAGGAUGAUUUUGAGGCAGAAUGUGUCCGGCACAUUGAGACCACGCUAGCGCGAUCACUCUUCAACUGCGAUGAGCUAGCUGCGUACUCAGGCACCUCCCUGGCCUUUCGAGACCGCCUCAUCAUCGACUGGAACAAGACCCAGCAAAGGCAAACCUUUGCGGACCAGAAGAGGAUAUACUACCUGUCCCUCGAAUUCCUUAUGGGCAGAGCCUUGGAUAAUGCUAUGCUAAAUGUCGGCUUGAAAACGGUGGCGAAAGGCAAGCAUUGUGAUCAUCGAGGUCUCGAGGACCUUGGGUUCCGAAUUGAAGACAUCAUCAACCAGGAACACGAUGCAGCCUUGGGUAACGGAGGCCUCGGUCGACUAGCGGCUUGCUUCCUCGACAGCAUGGCCUCCCUGAACUAUCCUGCGUGGGGUUAUGGUCUGCGAUACCGAUACGGAAUCUUUAAGCAAGAGAUCGAGAACGGUUACCAGGUUGAGAUCCCUGACUACUGGCUCGACUUCAACCCUUGGGAGUUCCCCCGACACGACGUGACAGUCGAUGUCCAGUUCUAUGGUUGGGUCAACAAAUACACCAACGACGAAGGUAAACAAGUUGUUUCGUGGCAGGACGGGGAGAUUGUCACAGCUGUGGCCUACGAUGUCCCCGUUCCGGGCUAUGGGACAUCUACUGUCAAUAACCUGCGUCUUUGGUCGAGCAAGGCAUCCAGCGGAGAAUUCGACUUUGCCAAGUUCAAUUCUGGAGACUACGAAAGCGCCGUGGCUGACCAACAACGGGCAGAGACCAUCUCUGCCGUGUUGUACCCUAACGACAAUCUCGAGCGAGGAAAGGAGCUACGGCUGAAGCAGCAGUACUUCUGGUGUGCAGCCUCCCUUCAUGACAUUGUCCGAAGAUUCAAGAAGACCGGGCGCAAGUGGUCAGAGUUCUCGGACCAGGUCGCCAUUCAGCUCAAUGACACUCACCCAACUCUAGCUAUUGUUGAGCUUCAGAGAAUUCUAAUCGACAAGGAAGGUUUGGAAUGGAACGAUGCGUGGGACAUUGUCACCAAGACCUUCGGCUACACCAACCACACCGUGCUUCCAGAGGCUUUGGAGAAGUGGUCUGUUCCUCUCAUCCAGAAUCUACUUCCUAGACAUCUACAGAUCAUCUACGACAUCAACCUGUUCUUCCUUCAAACUGUCGAACGGCGCUUCCCCAAAGAUCGAGAGAUGCUCUCCAGGGUUUCUAUUAUCGAAGAAUCCACUCCCAAGAUGGUCAGAAUGGCCUACCUUGCCAUUGUCGGAUCCCACAAAGUCAACGGCGUGGCUGAAUUGCACUCCGAUCUGAUCAAGACGACCAUUUUCAAGGACUUUGUCAAAGUCUACGGUCCAGACAAAUUCACCAACGUGACCAACGGCAUUACCCCGCGACGAUGGUUGCACCAGGCGAACCCACGGCUAUCAGAGCUCAUUGCGUCCAAGCUUGGGAGCUAUGAAUUCCUCAAGGACUUGACUCUCUUGAACAAGCUUGAACCUUUUGUGGAUGACAAGGAGUUCAAGAAGGAGUGGGCCGAGAUCAAGUACGCCAAUAAGGUCAGACUUGCUCAGCAUAUUCUCAAGAGCACCGGCGUCAGUGUCAACCCCAAGGCUCUUUUCGACGUGCAAGUGAAGCGUAUCCAUGAAUACAAGCGACAGCAGCUCAACAUCUUUGGCGUCAUCCACAGAUACCUGGCAAUCAAAUCCAUGACUCCCGAGGAGCGUAAGAAACUCCAGCCCAGAGUUUCCAUCUUCGGUGGCAAAGCUGCUCCAGGGUACUGGAUGGCCAAGACGAUCAUUCACCUCAUUAACAAAGUGGGAGAGGUGAUCAACAAGGAUCGUGACGUCGGAGAUCUGCUCAAGGUCAUUUUCCUCGAAGACUAUAAUGUCAGCAAGGCCGAGAUCAUCAUUCCCGCAUCGGACAUUAGCGAGCAUAUCUCCACUGCAGGCACUGAGGCAUCAGGCACGAGCAACAUGAAGUUUGUCCUCAACGGCGGCUUGAUUAUCGGCACGCUUGAUGGAGCCAAUAUUGAAAUCACUCGUGAAAUCGGAGAGGAGAACGUCUUUCUAUUUGGUAACCUUGCUGAGGAUGUGGAGGAUCUCCGACACAACCACUUCUAUGGUGAUUACACUGUCAACCCAGAGCUUCUGAAGGUCUUUGAAUGCAUCAAGUCUGGCACAUUUGGCGACGAAACCGCUUUCGGAGCGCUCAUCGGUGCCAUUGUUGAUCAUGGAGACUAUUACCUUGUGAGCGACGAUUUCGAUAGCUACUGCAAGACCCACGAUCUUAUCGACGAAUCUUAUAAGAACCAAGAUAAAUGGGUCAGCAAGUCGAUUCAAAGCGUUGCAAGGAUGGGCUUCUUCACUUCAGACCGAUGCAUCAACGAAUAUGCCGACUCCAUUUGGAACAUUGAACCUCUUGCUGUCAAGGAGGAGGCUGAGGUGCGCGCUAGGACAGGGCUUGAAAAGUAG